CAUGCCAGCUGCUGUUGCUGUUGCUGCUGCUGUUGGUCGAGACGGCACGUUAUUAUUGAAGCCCUCGAAUCAAUAGCGCUGCGACGUUGCCGGGUUUCUCCGCCGUUUCACCGCUGCGCCGGGUCCUAUAACGGAUUGCGCUCGGUCACGCGCCAUUUUCUCCGUGCACGCCGACCGUGCAGUGUGUACCGCGCUGUAGUAAUAUCUGUACUCUAUUUACAAAACAGUGGUUUCCAAAAUGCCGCGCACUAGCUUCACAAUCGGUUUCGCCCUAGGGUACGGUUGUUACCGUGGUGUUCGAUCACUAACCGCGUUAUAAAACGUUUUGUGAAGUCUUACACGUUACAGUGUCGGCUACGCAGCUGAAACAGAUACAAGAUGGGGUGGUCCAAGAAGGAGGUCGACCGCUUGAUGUACAAGGCUACUCAAAGAGUCUUUGUUCAAGUAGAGAAUUUGAAUAGCGAACAAAUCGCUCAACUCAUAGCCAAUUUGAAAACCAAAAAGGUUGAAACGCCCCCUCGGGAUAUCGACGAAUCAGACGAACCUUGUGCUAAAAAGCAAAAAUUCAACGACAAAGGAAAAGAUGUACUGAAGCUAGUGUUAUCGCGUGAGGGCGAAAGCGAUACGUUUAAAUCGAAAUUCAAGUCUACUCUUUACAGUCGCAUAGUCGACGAAUCUUCUGACGACCCAUCGUCGCCUUAUAGUGCUAACGAAGCAGAAUUAGAAAACCACGCCCAAUAUGGAAACGGCGGAACUAGCGAAAAAGAGGUGUCGGAAAUAACGGCGUCGAUUAAUAACCAUCAUAACUCGUCAUCAGUCGAUGAUAACUUACCUAAAGACGCCGACAAAGUUGAACAGUCGUCGCCAAACCACACCGACGGUUUGGUCGGCAAGAUUUGGAUUCGAGAUUUGCGUUCGAUGAUGACCGAAACGAUGUUGGAGAGGUUCUACAUAGUGUUUGGCGACCUUGGCAUAAAUCCAGCAGGAGCGGCCAUUGUCAAUGGUGUUCCGCCUUUAAGACCUACCUACAUAAAGUCCGACCUCUCGACACCCAACGAACCGCCUUCGACAAGAUGGAAUUUGGAGCUUAGCGACGUGGUGAAAAUCUACUGCAAGUACUUUACCAAACACGUGCAAGACACUAUUGUCAUUAUCGCCAACAUACUGAACAUCAUCUCGCUGUCAAACAAACACCACAAAUUCCGAAUGGACGAGUCGUUCAAAAAGAGAAGCGAAGCCGAGAAACUCAAAGAACGCUGCGACGCCAACAGAAUACACGAGAAACACAAGCAGGUGCUAGAGACCCACCUGAAGCUCCAUUUCGUCGACGUGGUUUCGAAAAUCAGCGCCGACGACUUUGACUGCACGUUCCAAAUGUUCUUCCUGAGCAUCCUGACCGUGCUCCGAGUGCUUGACCAGCCGAAAUUUAAGAAAGGCAGCAUUUUCAAGAACCUGGUGCUGCUGUUGUGGAACAGCCUGAGGAGUUGCAAUCUGGAGCACCGGAAAGUGUUCACCAUGUUCCGGUCGAAAUCGUUCCGGCCGGACUGUAUCGAACUGAUCAGCCUGAUCGAGGACAGCCGAGAAACGUGUCCCGAUAUCAUGGACCGUUUGGCGCUGUUCUUCAUAUCUACCAUGGACACCAAGGAUUUUCAAAAAGUCAUCGAAGCGGUCACCAGCGACACCAGCGCCGAUGUGCUGGCGACGUUGCUAGAAGAAGCUUCGAAAAACGUUCGCGAACAUUCCAAAUUGGUGGAGCCCAACAAGCGGUUUGCAUCGCCCAUGACGACCACCACCACUACAACGACUAAUAACCAUGCGACUCCUACCGUGCCAGCCGAAAUCCCCAAAGUUGGCAAUGAUAAUAUGGUCAAACACUGGGUAAUCACAAAAGCACCCAACGGAACUUACCAACCUUUGGCUAUGGCGAAUGAUUACAAGACUCCGCGUGUCAUCGUCAGUACUAGCGUCGAUACGGCUUUGCACGCAAUCGCUCCGUUGAACACGUUCUACGAGACUUUCUCGAAUACGCUCACGAAUGUUUCCGAUGUGACGGUUCCCGUACAGUCUGCGACCAAACUGACCGUCGCUGCUCCGACUUCGGUCGCAAGCGGCACACUUGUGUCCGGCAAGUUUGUGGCGUAUAACCCGAAAAAUCACACCGUCAAACCUAUUAACGCCACCAACCGCGAGGCCGCCACCAUUGUGGUCGGCAACAAACAGUAUCAGGUGUUCAGAAGUCACGUGAGAACCUUGACGACGGCUCAAGGCAAAACCAACGGUAUCGUGCUCGCCCAGCAAAUGCAAAAGCCUACCGAAGGGCCUACAAAGUGUUUCACCAAGAACUGCAAUGAAGUGGCGACCAUCAUGUGCAGCACGUGCACGUCGGUGAAAUAUUGCUCGCACAACUGUCAAAGGGUUGAUUGGUACGAAAACCAUAUUCACAAAUGCGAACAACUGCAGAAGGUGAAACAACAACAAAGUGCCUAAACGGAUUUGCCGACCUAAGUUGUUGCAUAUUAUGUAUCAUAAAUUAUAUAUGUAUAUUUAUUUAUAAAUAAGCAUAAUAGAUCUAAAGAAUGAAAAAGCAUGUGAUAAAUGUACAAAAAAACGACAGACGAAAAAACAUUCAUAAUAAUAAGUUUUAGAGAGUUUAUUAUUUAAUUGAUGUUAUUAGUAAUCAUAUUAUGUAUGUUAGUUAAUUUCAUUUUACAAGUGGUCGCAAAAUUGUUAUUUGUUACAGACUGUUAAAUUAUUUCUAGUCGAAUUCACAGGUACGUUUUCAAUAUAUAUUCUGUUUUUUUUUGUUCACCGGCUACAGACGUUCUGGUCUUGGAGUACAAAUAACGUUGAAAUUGUAAUUUAUUGUAAAUAAUAAUAAUAGUAAUAAUAUAGUAAUGUAUUUAUUUUGAUUCAUAAUAAUAUUAAUUUGAAGACUGC